GCGUUUUAAAAAGAAAGCCUUUAUUAACAUUCGACUUAUUGGCUAAACACAAUCGCUUAUCGAGCUGAGAGUUAUCGAUAACUAGCCACAGUAAGCGCACGAGCUAAGUUUUGUUUAUUUUUAUUUGUGUUUCUUAUUAUCCCUAAUUGCAAUGGCCAGCAACGAAACUAGCAACUUGGGGAAACUUACCGAAGAGUCGCUAAAGCGCAAAGAACGUUUGCAAAAGCUGCGUGAACAGGCUUUAGCGAAAAAUUCUGGUGCCGCAGACUCAGCAGACAACAAAUUGCCAAAGCCAGUUUUUCGUAGUUAUAAACCACAAAAUGAAAACACAACGGGUGAAAUUUUACCACAAGAGCCCACGGGCAAUAUUGAGACGGCUGUGCAGUCACAGCUUAAUUUGCUGGAGCAGCCAAUGGUCAUUGAUGAGAUUGACAUAACAAAUUUGGCUCCACGCAAGCCCGACUGGGAUUUGAAGCGUGAUGUCAGCAAGAAACUGGAACGUUUGGAGCGACGCACACAGAAAGCCAUUGCCGAACUGAUACGCGAGCGCCUGAAAAUGAAUCAGUUUGAGGACAUAAGCCAAGCAGUCAAUGUGGCAACGGCUCAAGUACAAAACGGGCAAAAAUGCAGAUGAAGAUUAUGAA